AUGUCCAAUCAAGAAGCGUAUCCUUCAACCCCAUCGCCACAAGGUACACCAGAUCCACCAGCUCCACCACCAACUCCUGCUACUCCAUCAUCAGCAUUACCUGAAAAAUUCACGCUUAUAGAACGAAAAGGAGAUUUGUUUGUUGAUGCACCAUCAACUGAUGCAUUAGCUCAUUGCGUCUCUCAAGAUCUUCGAAUGGGUAAAGGCAUCGCAGAUAUUUUUAAGAAAAAAUUCAAUGGAGUAGAAGAGUUAAAGGCUCAAAAACGUGUCGUUGGUCAAGUUGCUUAUCUUCAACGCGAUGAUCGUUAUAUCUUUUAUGUGAUUACUAAAUCUGGUGUUUAUGACAAACCUACUCAAAAAGAUUUUGAAACUAGUUUAAUUGAAUUGAGAAGAAUGUGUGAAAAAUUUGGUGUAAAUGGGUUAAGUAUUCCUAGAAUUGGAACGGGAUUGGAUGGGUUGUCUUUAGAUUUUGUAAAAGAUUCUAUUAACAAAGCUUUUGAAGGAAGUAGUGUCAAAGUUACUAUGUUUUAUCUGUAA